UACCGCGCAUGCGCAGUACAGACCUGGGCCAGAACCAUAAACAUCAGACGCACCGAAGCAGAAUUGCGAACGUUAAUGCAUUAUUUGGACCAGAUGGGUUUGUGAAGCGGAUUCCUUUUGUUAUGGAAACGUUACACAUCGUAGAUGUGAAUGAAUCCGAGUCCUGGAAGCAGAGUGAAGUGGAAGAAAAGCCCCGCAGAGCGGAUCAGACCCGGACCUGCAGACACAUGUGACCAGCAGGGGGCGCUUCAUCACCCUGAUCAUCGUCAUCCUCCGCGUUUCUAUUACCUUCUAGUUCUUUUCUCUCCUCUGCUGUGUCUCUGUUCGGUGCUCUGGGGGCUGCUUGUGCGACUGUUUACACUAUCAGCCUUGUUUUUCAAGCCCUUCCGCGGCAUUAUGGCCACCAAACCGAAGGCAGACGGUACAGACUAUAAUGGCACCGGAGAGCUGGUCAAAAAGCAUCACAAACAGGCGUUUGACUUCCUGUCAUUGGCUCUGCGUAUCGACGAGGAUGAGAAAGGACCCAAAGUGCAGGCGGUGCAGUGGUAUCAUAAGGGCAUCGCUGAGCUGGAGAAAGGCAUCUCUAUCGAGGUCACAGGCUCUGGGGAGAAAGCAGAACGUGCCAGAGGACUCCAGGAUAAAAUGAGAAGCAACUUGAAAAUGACUAAAGAGCGUCUGCAGCUGCUGGCCCAGCUGAGUUCAGCUCCCUUGCCCGCUGUAAGCACUGACAGCUUUAACUCCCCCCUCCCCAGUACAAGCCCCCACCCAGCCAGUGCUGUUGUACCUAAGAAGACAGACGACUCUUCAUUUCUGUUGAGGGUAAAACCCACAAGACCUCAAUCAAGUGCCCCCCAGCGCACAUCCAGCUUCACUGCACCAUUUGCAGGCCGAUCAGGACUCCAAUCCAACCACAGGGUUCCAGCAGGUCAGGUUGCUGCCAGAGGAAAAACUAAAGCCAGCGCUGCUGCUUCAUCCACAACACAGAGCAAGAAAGACAUGAAGAACUUUAAAAAUGUGGACAGCAAACUGGCCAACCUCAUCCUCAAUGAGAUAGUAGACAGUGGCUCAGCAGUGAGGUUUGAUGAAGUAGCAGGUCAGGAGUUGGCGAAACAGGCACUGCAGGAGAUUGUGAUCCUACCAGCACUGCGGCCUGAGUUAUUUACAGGUCUGAGAGCUCCAGCGAGAGGACUGCUGCUGUUCGGGCCUCCUGGUAACGGGAAGACCAUGUUGGCAAAAGCCGUUGCCAUGGAAUCCAACGCUACCUUCUUCAACAUUAGUGCUGCCAGUUUGACCUCCAAAUACGUUGGCGAAGGUGAGAAAUUGGUACGUGCUCUAUUUGCUGUUGCCCGAGAACUGCAGCCAUCAGUCAUCUUCAUUGAUGAAAUAGACAGUCUCCUGUGUGAAAGGAGAGAAGGAGAGCAUGAUGCCAGCAGGAGACUGAAGACUGAGUUCCUCAUAGAGUUUGAUGGGGUACAGUCAGGAAGAGAUGACAGGGUGCUGGUGAUGGGAGCCACAAAUCGUCCUCAGGAGCUGGAUGAGGCGGUGCUCAGGCGCUUUGCGAAGAGGAUUUACGUGACUUUACCCUCGGAGGAGACUAGGCUGAAGCUGCUGAAGAAUCUCCUGAGUAAACAUGGCAACCCAUUGUCACAGAAAGAGCUGAAUCAGCUAGCCAGGAUGACUGAGGGUUACUCUGGCAGUGAUCUGACCUCCUUGGCUAAAGACGCUGCACUCGGACCCAUACGAGAGCUUCGUCCAGAGCAAGUUAGAAACAUGGCUGCAAAUGAGAUGAGGAACAUCCGUUUAUCAGAUUUCAGCGAGUCUCUAAAGAAGAUCAAGAAGAGUGUUAGUCCUCAGACUCUUGAGCGGUAUGCACGCUGGAACCGGGAAUAUGGAGAUACCACCACUGUAUAACAAACACACACAAAAACCUAUGGACUGUGACCUGAGAAGUGAUCGAUGUUUAUUCCAUUUACCAUUCUGGAGAUCAGACACUUUUGUAAGCAAGCUUGUUUCUACUGUUAUUGUGAUUUGGGAGAUGUCUCUGACUUGGGAGGAGCCUUCUGAUUGACACAAACCACUGGUGAAUGAAGAGAGGAUGAUUAUCAGGCUUCCACGUUAUACAUCACACAUCUUCCGGCAUUUUUGUUCUCUUACUGCAUGCUCAAAACAAGAACCGGCCAAAACAGGAACCAUCAGAAGCUGAGGUUUCAGUUAGGUUCUUCACCAACCCCGAAGAUGCCUGAAACGUAUUUCAGUCACCGUCAACAUGCUGUUUUUUCUGGCUGUUUGGGUAAACGGCAUUUUCAGAAGGACAGGAAGCCUCAGUGAUUACAGGCAUUUAAAUUUCGUUCAAUUAAAAAAAUUACAGUAUUUUUAAUUCUGCCGUACGAACACCAACAACCGUAAGUGAUGUAUUUUUAUAUCAAUAAUCAGCACAAGUUGCAGGUAAACGAUCUACAACACAUUAAUAGCUUCACCCCUGAGGAUGCAUCUGGCGGUUCUUUGCAUCUGUGCCUUUAUCUUCUCUGCAGUUUCUUUAUAUGAAUAACAGGCUGUUUAACUGAGGUACCUGAGGUCUUGAGAUGUGUGCUGUAGCAGCAGGACUAGGCUGAGAUCUCAGCUCUGGUGUGCUUUGUACAGGGUCAGCAGUGGCCAUAACACGAACAGUAAACCUGACAGAAUGGCAUGGAAAGAGAACUGCCAAAAGCCCUGUAUUUAAAGCAAUAAUUAGUAAAAUCAUGACGUUAGAGGAGAUGUACACUGUGUUGUAUGUAGUAUUUAUGUAAGAACCAGAAAAAACGAUCUAUAUUGUAAAUUUCAGGUGUUUUCAUUCGUUUCCGUAUGUCUGCAGUGUCAAUCGUUAACCAGCAGGUGGCAGCAGAUACACAGCAAAUCUAUGGGUUUCUGCAAAAAUAAAGUACGAAGAACUACUAACAAUAUUAAAUAAGAUUAAAGGAUAUUUUUGAGUA